CCUCGACUUCGCGUCUCACUGGCGUUUUAUCCACAUUCAAAUUUGUUUCAAGGAACCUAAAGCAGGUGAAUGAAAACCAUCCUGGAGAGCUUUAAUUCAGUUUUCGGUGUAAAGGAAAUAAAAAUUUCCCAUAUCUGUGACUGGAAGGACCGUAAACGUGGAAGGCAGCAAAGAAAUGAAAUGUUCGUGUGGUGCGAUUGUACUAACUUGUCGCAAAAGACAAAGUGCGUUUGCUUUUCAACGAGGUAAGACGAUAUUAAUUCAUUGUUUCUGGUUGUCGAACCUAUGUCAUCGAAGAUCGACAUUACGGCCGUUUAUACUCGAGAAAAUAAGCCGCGGUUUUAUUUAAGACGCGAAAGGUUCGAAAGGCUUAUAACAUGCGAACUGCCUCAGGGAACCCAAACGCUUAUGAAUCGUUUUGGAAGGGAUUUGAACUAGAGAUAGAAGACGUUUGUUUGGCUGAUUUCAUUUGAAUGGAACGCGAAAGUUAAUAAACUUUACGUCUUCGAUUGAUAGUCAACAAUAAUGGCAACUUAAGGCGUGACUGUCGCGACGCAGAUCCCGCGAGAGGGAAAUAGAUGGCCCUCGAAAAAUUGCGUUACUUUCAGCGUGGACAGCUAAAUAUUCACCUCGCCUAGCCACCUCCGCUUCGGUGAAUAAUGAUGAUUUUUAACUCAUUUAUUGCUGCCAAGGAUUAACCGAUUAACGUCACGUUUUCUUGCCAACAAAUACAACAUUUGAAGGCAUUUGUUAGCUUUUGCGGGGACAUUUCUUCCAAACGAGUUGUGAGUUCUUCUGUCAAACCGUAUUUGAUUUAGUUUUAAGCUUACUUAUUUAUGAACAUGUCAGCUAAAUGAAGUGUUGCAAGACUUAAUUUCCAUAAAAUUGUAAACAAAAAAACUUUUUCACCAGUUUCAUUGAUAAACCAGGUUUAACAAACCGUGUUUCGUCGCCUUCUUUGUAAAUAAACUAGGAGUAAUAGGAGCUUAGGAGAGUGCGUUCGAUAUGUUUGUUAGGCAGGUAGCAGUUGAUGGGGAAGGGUGGAUGGUUCUUGCGAUAGAUAACUAUGAUUAUGGUAUAUUUUGAGCGUAAGGGUUGCAUACAGCGAAACCUCUAUUGAAACUGCAGGCGGUGUGCGCACUGUGAUUGUGAUACAUUUUGGAUGUAGAAUUUUCAAGAUGGCGGAGAAGGUCGAGAAAUUUCCCAGGUUAUAUGCUUUAUAUUUCGAUAGACGUAGUUCUUUUCUGAGAAAGUUAUCCACAAUUACAUAAAUUCAUACUUAUUUACGAUUAAUCUGUGAAGAAAAAAAUCAACAUUCCUCAUUACAAUCUAAAUCACGGAGCACGAAGAUUCAUCCUCUACGAGCAUGAAAUUUGAACUGGUUGUUUGGAGGGCUAUAAUUUCUAUCUGACGAUAGAAACUAGUCUUAAGUGUUUUUACAAAGAUUGUUCUACGCCCAGGUAUAAAAUAAAGGCUCCCCAACGCUCCCCACUUUUUGAAAUAAUUUUUUCGAAUUAAAACCGACCUGUUUUCUUAACAAAAUGUGGCCUCGCACAAACGGCAUGUCACUGGAAGUGCCACUCUUGUAUUCACGAGUUAAUUACAAAAUAGUUCAUUGGUUAUAUACAGGAGCAUGAAGCCUGUAGACGACUGCACAUAACAAAUGUCAGAUUUAUGAAAAAAUAUGUGAAUCAGUGAAAAAUGGCCUAUUGAAGUCUGAUUGAAAACAAACAUAUCACAAACUAGCUAAAAAUAGCUUUUACCAUAAUCUUAUGAAAAUAUCUGAAUAUUAUGACCUCCCUGAUUUUGAUCCUAAUAAUUUAAGUGAAGCUAAGAUCAAACACUAUGUAGAUAGAAUAAAACCAAAAUAUAUUGCAUAUUGGCAACAUACAAUCCAUCAUUCUAAGAAACUACAAUUUUACAGCUUAUUUAAACAUGAUUAUAAAAUUUCAAGUUGUCUAGACUUAAUUUGAAAUUCUGCUAAUAGGAAAGAUUUAGUGAAAAUUCGUAUAAGUAACCACAAACUCAUGAUUGAAACUGGAAGAUAUAACCAAACCUCCCGCAACGAUAGAUUCUGCCCUAUUUGUAACUCUGGUAUAAUUGAAGACGAAUUUCAUUUUCUCUUCCAUUGUCCAAAAUACUCAAUCCCAAGAGAGAAAUUCUACAAUCAAAUCCAACAAAAUUUUGUCAACUUUAAUCAGCUAUCUUACACAGAAUUAAUAAUCAAAUUGAUGAAUUCACAGAAUUUUUCCGUAAAUUCACAUCUGUUGAAAUUUGUCUCAUUAUGUAAUGAUUUACGUAAUAAUUUGUUAUCAGAUCAUGCUGAUGACACUUGAUUGACUAUAGUAAUCAUUGCAUUGCAUUAUCAUUGUUAUGAUUUGUUUGUUUGUUUGUUUUUUUUUUUAUGUUAAAGCUUUUGCAAUACUGUAACUACAUAAUUAUAGUCAUGCAAAUAAAGCUUAUGCUGUUGUUGUUGUUAACCUGAGAUAAAAAAUUAACUACAAGAUAUCCAAAGUGGGAAAAAGGGGGUACUACUUAGAUCCACCACAGUAACAAUUGCUAACCCAAAAGACUAAAGUAUAUCAACAACUAGCCUGCGAACUUCAGACGUUUCUCCUCGCUCAUGGUCUGCCGUUCGCAGGCUAAUCAACAAAGUGGAAGGAAAAUAAUAUCCGUCACUAUAAAAUUACAGCACUGAAAUACUAAUCACCAUGCCAACAUAAUAAUAUAUAGAUUUAGCCACGCCUAAAAGCGGAGCUCCCGAUUUCAUUACAAUAAUAAUAACGAUAAUAAUGAUGAUGAUGAAGAUCGUUUUAUUCACACUGGUACACAAUACGAUAUAACCUCGUUGCAAAUACUGAUACUUCCCAGUCGGUAUCGGGAUGUAAUCUAGCCUACGUGUAGCCGCAACCCACUCCCGACAAAGGAAGAAGAGGAGUCAAAGAAAACUACGAAAAAAGUACAACGUAGUUAGAUAAGGUUUAAAGAGCAGGAAAGAAAAAGGUCUUAAAAGUUGAAACUAAAACUAAAACUCUAUAACUUUAAAACAGCACAAGAAAAGAUUAACUUAUCCAAGGUGAAUUCACACAACAAAGUUAUAUAUGGUAUAAUAAAUACAUUAAUUUCAUAUACUGGAAAUGCAGAAUGAAGAAAUAAAUUCAGGGAAGAUCACCACAGUUAUCAAUGCAACUUUGGCACUGUACCUAACGUACCUAACCAUUCAUACAGUCAUUCUCCAAUUUCCACAGCAGCUGGUCAAUUAGCCUGGCAAUUCCUCAGAGAUUGUGGUGGGAAACAGUUAGAUGUCAUGUGACCUCGAAGUAACUAACGAGAAUGGUGCUGGGAAAUAUUUAGAUUCUUGGAAAACAAAAUUAACUGUUUCCCAUGGGCCAAGUCUUUAAGUGAUUUGUGAUGUUAAUAUUUUAAAAAUUUAUAGCUGCAUGGAAUUUCAUUAAACCUCCCUGGAAUGUAAGUUGUUGGUCAUUCACGGGUAAUAGUGCACUGUUACCCUCUGAUGUGAAUGAUUUUUGCGAUGUUGCCUGCUUAGAGAAUAUUGGCACCAAAAAGUUUCUUUGUUAGAUGUCAGGUGACAUUGAAAUAACCAAUGAGUGUGCACAUGGUUGGAAAGAAAUUUCCACCUAUAAUAACAAUGUUUCUUAAUAUAUCAUUGUUGUUGGAGAGAAAAAGGAAUGGACUGGAUUCAAGUAAAUAAAAUCUUUUCUUCUGUCAUCCUCCGUUUCCACUUCACCAGGCUUUGGAAACUCAUAGUCCACACCAACUGCCCUUGCUCUAGCAAUUAGGCGGUCAUCUUCUAAGUGGCUACUAUUAUUUACUUCUGGAAGAGGUUGCUGUGUUUCCUGCACGUUGCUUGCUCCCUCAAUUGGGCCAUUUUCUACUGCAGGAGUGUGUUGUUCCAACUCUUCUCCUAGUAAAUGAAUUAUUUGUAUUAACCAACUACACAAUUCAUAUAAGCUAUGGGGCUAGUGGAUUCUAUUUUUUUAUCUUGCCUGAGGGAUAAUAGAGUUGCGAUUCUUGGGCUAACAGAUGCAAGCUACAGCCUUCCCGAAGGACAAGCACAAAACUGACCUCCUUUUCUUCGCACCCUAGUACUGCAUGCUUGUAUAACUGUACAAGAAUUACUAUUAUAAAGCUGUAUCUGUGGAAGUGUUCUCAAAACCUGAUUUCAAAUACAAAAUACACAAUAUUUCUACUUUUGAAACUUCGGAUAAUACAACAACCUUGACAAUCAUUUUCUAAGUGCUGAUAUUUCAUAAACCAGUCAUCAAAUAUAAUGGGAGUGACCCAACCAAUGAACUCAUUAUUAUGAUCCAAAAAUUAUUAUCUCUAUGAGAAUUCAAUGUAUUUUAACUUUGUCCUAGUCAAAGUAAUGCAACCCUAAGGUAAGUUUUCCCAUAAUAAUAAUGCACGAUCAAAUACAAACAGAACAAAAAUCCUACAAUCCAGUCAUGGAUAAUUAAGUGCAGACAUGAUGACUUGUCAUGUUUACCACAACAAGAACACGACAAAAGGUCUAAUCAAUGAAUUAUACAGCGUUUUUGUUUCAAAUAAAUAUGAUGAAUUCUGGGACUCAUCUUGUGAGAAAUCAUGAGUCCCAGUCCAGAACCAAUGAGUCCCAGUUAAAAAAAAUGAGUCCAAAAUGGAAAAUGUUUGGGCCUUUAUGUACCAGCCGCAGACAGUUAAUCUGAAGACACAUUCCAAAACUCUGUAUUAUAGUAUACUGAAAUUAAAAUAUAGUUCUUCUAUUUUAAAGCAGAAGUCAACAAAGGCUAAAACAAAUAUGCAUCACUAAACAACAACCAUAACUGCCACAGAAAUUACACGUACGGGAUAUUUCUACAAAUACACACGUUCAGAUCGAUAUAUCCAUGAAUUAUUUUAUGUCUUUGGCGAUUUUUAUGUGUCAGGAACAUAGAUAGAAUGCAGAGGUAACAAAAUCACUGAUUAUAUAGCUGCUCUUUUGAGUCCAUGUAAAAAAUAUAUAUAUGAAAGUUUUAACAUUCUUAUUUGUUACACACACACGCCCACCCACACCUUUAUUAAUUUCAAAAUCUUGGGUACAAAAAUGAAAAAAAAAACUCACAAUGAAUAAAUAAAUAAAAAUAAUCAGGUAAAUUCAUAAAAUAAAACAUUGACAAAAAAAGUGUUACAAGAAAAAGGAAAGAUUACUUAGGUAAGACAACAGAGCAUAAUUAAUUACACCAAAAAGGGGGAAGUUUUAAAAGUAUACAUGCUUCCCACCAGCAAAUUGUGGCACUUAAUUAGUUCUGAUAAAUUUCUAUUGUUUAUUAGCCCAAUCACAGUUUUUCAUUCUCUGAUAAAAUUGCAUUAUAUUUCUUUCUUUUUGCAUUAUGUUUCCUUGUUUUUGCAUUGUGUUUACUAAAAAGUACACUGCUCUAAGCCAAUCAAAUUCACAGAGAAAUUUUUUCAUGUAUAUUAUUAACUUUCAUAAUAAAAUACCAUCUACCAUAAACAACUACCGGUAUAUCAGUACCUGCUGAAUGAUUUUGCUCUUGUUCACCUGGCAGAGAGCUUUCCAUGCUACAUUCAAGUUGGAGGACUUCACUUUCAUGUUCUUCUAUGGCUAAGAAGAUAAGAUAUAAUCUUAAUAAGUUGGGCAAGCAGAUUGUGACACCUGAGGCUGAUUGGUUCUUAUAUAUUUCUAUUGUUCAGUGUUAUCCAGAAGUUUUAGAGUAGCCAGCUCCCAAAGCAAAGAAACUGGUGCCUGACACCAAGCACUGAUAAAGCGAGAGUACUGUAUCUAAGGGAGGGGUUUGGGGACAUUAAGCCCAGAGAUCUGAGAAGUUUUGCUCAUGAUUUAUAAGCUUUUCCAGAGUUCUCCCAAGAACCAAGUAAGUUAUCAUGCUGGUAAAUCCAUAGAAAAUGUGGUCUUUUACUUUUAUAAAAUAACUUUAAAGCAUGUUUCAGUUUACUAUGAGAUUACCAGCACAAUAAACUAUUGGUUUUUAACCAAUCAGAAUGCAUGUACUGUCUUAGUUAUUUUAUAAUUAAAAAUAUUAUCUGGCAAUGUCUCAUCAAAAAUCAUUCAGUAAAUAUAUCGAUAAUACCAUUAGCAAAAGGCAAAUUGUCAUACACCAAAGAGCUUUUUGUACGACAAGUUAUUGUUUUUGUUUCUUUUAGGACCUUCUGAAAAAUUCAAGAUAAAAGGUACAGACAGGUUUUUUUACUGUUUUGAGUCAUAAGAGUAGCCAGCGAAACCACCAGUCGCCUGCGCUUCUGGAGAACACUGAUUGUUCACUGCUCUAAGCCAAUCUCAUUCAAGAAAUUUUUCCAUGUAUAUUAUUAAGUUUUAUAAUAAAUACCAUCUACCAUGAACUAUAUCUGUACCUGCUGAUUGACUUUGCUCUUGUUCACCAAGCAGAGAGCAUUCCAUGCUACAUUCAACCUGGAGGACCUGACUUUCAUGUUCUUCCAUGGCUAAGGAGAUAAGCAAGCAGAUUGUGACACCUGAGGCUCAUUGGUUCUUAUAUAUUUCUAUUGUUCAAUGUUCUCCAGAAGUGUUAGAGUAGCCAGCUCCCAAUGUAAAGUAACUGGUGCCUGACACCAAGUGCUGGUAAAGCGAGAGUACCGUAUCUAAGGGGGGGUUUGGGGGCAUGAGGCCCAGAGAUCUGAGAUGUUAAGCUGGUGGUUUACAAGCUUUUCCAGUCUUCUCCCAACAUCCCAAGUGGGUUAUUACACCAGCAAACCCUUAGAAAAUGUGGUCUUUUACUUUUAUAAAAUAACUUUAAAGCAUGUUUCAGUUUUCUAUGAUUUUACCGGCACAAUAAACUAUUGGUUUUUAACCAAUCAGAAUGCACGUACUAUCUUAGUUAUUUUAUAAUUAACAAUUAUUCCACGAGGGCACGUUGGAUAUGAGAUGGUAAAUAGCCAACGAGACGCAUAGCGCCGAGUUGGCAAUUAUAAUCAUCUCAUCCAACAAGCGCAAGUGGAAUAAUAAUUAUUUUAUUAAAAACGCCCACAAAAUCCCUUUGAAUCUUGUUAGAACAAACCAGAAAAGACAAGGGAGUUCCGCUAUUCACAUGUCACAUGUCUAUCAGAACUGUCAACGCGUGAACCGACUCGCCUGGACUGGAUGAAUGAAAAAUCAAAACAUUGUAGAGAUGAACACUUUUAAAAACUCAUCGAGAUUCUAGGAUUUUACACAGUGGGACAGCUAAAAAAACCUGGCAGAUAAUGUGAAGAAAAAUAAUUCUUAACAGCCAUCAAAAUUACUGUGAAUUUGGAUUUUUGGAGCAGUUACAAAAGUAAGAACAACGGAGAUAAACUAUUACCUUGGUCGCUUGUUAUGAAGUUGUUUGAAGCCACAAGCUGGUUUUGCUGAACAAGAAAAGAAGCUUUACUGACGCCUCGAUUGCUGUAGUGAAUGGCUGCAUAGCCUGUAUUCUGGUUGCUUGUGAUUUAUAUUCUUCAUGUCGGAUAAACAAGCGCAGCUAUCUAUCGGCAAGUGCCUCAGCGAGUGGCUUUGCAACCAUGAAUAAACAACACCUGUCUUCUUUUGUAGCUGUUCAAGGCACUUUAGUUCCAUGUAUUUUCAUGUGUUUUUCGAUAAACGUUCAAACAAGCUCUUGUGGCUUUUUGUUUGUUUGUUAUUUUCCGAUGAAAUUGCAUGUUUUUAGUAUUCUAAGAAAUGAACACGAUUUGCUUGGCGCCGUUUUAUCCUUCAGCGGAAAAAAAAUGGAACUUACAAAAAUUCAAGAUAAAAGUUACAGACAGUUUUUUUUUAUGUUUUGACUCAUAAGAGUAGCUGGCACUUUGGAAAAGAGUUCCCAGUGAAACUGCCAGUUGCCCGCGCUGCUGAAGAACACUGAUUGUUUAUUAGCCAAUCACAGGUUUUCAUUCUCUGAGAAAUUUGCACUUUAUUUCCUUAUUUGUGCCUUAUGUUUCCUUGUUUUUGUACUGUGUUUACUAAAAACUGCACUGCUCUAAGCCAAUCUGAUUCAAGAAAUUUUUCCAUGUAUAUUAUUAAGUUUUAUAGGAAAAUUCAUUACCUGACGAGGGAAUUCCAUGUUAAAUUGCACACGAAAACCGAUAUUGGUUUUCAAGUGCAAUUUAACGUGGAAUUCAUGAGUCAGGUAAUGGAUUUUCCUUGAAUCGCAUAAUCGAAUAAAAAUCAGAAAAAAAAGAAAACACCAAUAAUACUGUUUGUUUUUAUCCUGAGCGCACGCCCCAGAAAGCCAUUUCAAAGUCAAAUGUCAAACCUGUCAUUGCGUUAGCGAAUAGGAAGCAAGGUCAGUCAUACAUGUUUGAACCUUUGACAACUUUUUUUGUACCUUGUGCUUGUUUUUACAUUUGUUUUCAAACUUUUUUACACAUGAACAAGCUUCACACUAAUUGUAAGGAUAAAUAGAGGCAUUUCAUUGAAUUUACAAGCCGUUAUCUAUAGCAUCCUUUUUCAAAUUGGUCAUUUGCUCGCGAAGGAAAAUAAUUUACACCUUUUACCUCUUCGGUAGCAAAACUGAAAGAAAUGAAGUGUCCAAGGCAAAGCACUGAUUUUAACGUUGCGAUUGAUAUAAGGUAAGUACCUUGAAACGUUUUAAAAAUGCUGUUCAAGUUCAGCUCUGUUUUGUACUUUUCUAAGUACCAUGAUUCAGGAUGAAUGCAAGUGGCAUACUCUUUUUCGUGUUUUCAGGGACCAUGUGAUCUUUGAAGGUAUUUAUUUCUUCUUCUGUAUAUGUGACAAUUGACCCUGGCACUUCCUCCAUUGUCGCUUCUCCGUUUUGUUUGUUUGAAUUUGGCUUGCCAUUUUCUGGGCUGUGUUCACAGGAUUUUCUUGUUUUCUCAUUGUCGCUGGCAAAAGGGGUUUUUUAUACCUCUCCAAGAAUUUGUAGUUUAGUUCAAAACAAGAAAGAACCUCCGGAUCACUUUUUAAAAAAUGCUUUUGUUUGUUUUUAACUAUUUAUUUAUUUAGUCACUCACAACACCUUAUACAACAUAAACAAAAGGUGUUCAUUAAAUUAUAAAAUUAAUGUGACAAGGAAGUCUAACGAAGCUUGAAGCUUAUAUUAAUAGGCUUCCUUCAACUACCUAGAGAACUAAAUUCAUGGCUGAGUGCAGAGUGAGCAAGAUCAGAAAAUUAGCGACAGAUCGGCUAUCAGUGAGAUAAUUCUUUAAAUUUUUUUUUAACAACAAAUAUAGAAGGAGAGCUAAUUAGUGAAACAGGCAACAAAUUCCAGAUUUUAGGUCCUCGGUAAAGGAUGCUGAAUUGCUUUAUAUUUGAUCUACAAAAAUGAGGUCUAUACUGAGAGGCCAGUCGAAUUUUGGUAUUGAUGGACUUGAUUACUACUUAAGAACAAGUCUCGAAAAGCUACUAGGCAAAAAGAUUAUGGUGAUAAGAAUACAUAAAAAGUAGUGACAGAAAAUGAAUUAAUACUAAAUAUGUCAAGGACUUUAAGCUGGCUAAACAAAGGGGCGGUAUUUGCUAGAUAGUGAGCUUUUCUUAUGAGCCGCACUAGACGCUUUUGCAAAAGGUAAAUACAGUUUAGGCUGGAACAGUAGGUGGAGGACCAGGCGACAUUACAGUAUGUUAAGAAAGGAUAUACAAAAGGUGACAAUGAUUUUGAAAACAUUUUAAAAUGACAUUGUAGAAAACCUUUUUGUAGUUGUUGUGUUACAAUUUGACGAUAGUUGUUACGUGAGAUGCUUGAAAAAAAACAUCCCUUAGCCUCGUUUUUUCAACUCGCAAUUCCACACUGAAUACCUCUCUUCGUUAACCAAUCAGAAUGCGUGAUUUUACUCAAUUAUGCAAUUCUAUAAUAAAUACCAUCUACCAUGAACUAUAUCAGUACCUGCUGAGUGACUUUGCUCUUGUUCACCAAGCAGAGAGCAUUCCAUGCUACAUUCAACCUGGAGGACCUGACUUUCAUGUUCUUCCAUGGCUAAGAAGAUAAGAUAAAAUCUUUAGUUGGGCAAGAAUUUUCCCUCACCCCUACAUACACCUAUUGUUAAAAGAAAACAUGUCAGA